CGGCACGUGUAGCCUUUUUACGCGUUUGGACAAUGUAAAGCAAAUAGAGUAUGUACAGGGACCGCUGCGGAAGCACUUUAAACAUCCUCAAUUUCCCAUUAAUUUUCGUGCUGCAAACAGUGAGAAUUUAACAAUUUCGAAUGAACUGCAUACAGUGAAUGAGCUUAUGUUAGAAAACAGGAACUGGCUCCUUGGUACGGUGAGUGAUAGAUUGCUACCGUAUGUGAAUUCUUACGCAGUAUUCUACAACGUAUUCUUGAGCAAUAAUUACACAUCAAUGAGAACUAUUCUGCAGAGUUUAAGCUACCAGUACUACGACACAUCUGGGCGAUGUUUGCUGGUGAUAGAUAGUCCAUACAACGUACAAUAUUUGGUACAACUUAUGACUCAUCUCUGGAAACUUAGGAUCGUUAAUGUUGUAGUGAUUGUGCGGGAAGUCAACGAAACAAACUAUCGAGCGUACAGUUACCAACCAUUUCGUGAAGGGAAAUGUGAACUAAUAGAACCCAUGCUGUUGGAUCAAUUUCAUGAUGGACGUUGGGGAAAGCUCAGCAUGUGGUACAGGAACAGUAUGAAGAAUUUCCACGGCUGCACACUUAAGGCGGGUACAUUCCCAGCCAAACCAUACUCCAUGGUACAGCGUGAAGGGAACGUUACGAAGCGGUUCGGUAUGGAGGUGACCAUAGUGAAAAACAUCGCCCAAUGGUUUAACUUUACGAUCGACUAUUUAAGCCCAGCCGGUAAGGUGAAGUGGGGCAUAAUACGGGCAGAAAACAGUACCGGUCUGGUAGGGAUGAUACAGCGUAAUGAGGUAGAUUUCGGAUUCGGUACCGUUGGGUUAAAUGUGCACCGCAACAAAUAUCUGAAAAUGGGUUCGCCAAGCUUUCUGUCACAGCUGAAUGUGGCCAUUCCACCGGACAAACCGUACAGUUGGUGGGAGAAAUUGUACGAACCCUUCUCACCCGCCGCAUGGUUGUGUCUCGUUUUGUGCUACUCGGCGUUUAUCCUCGUGACUGUCAUCAUUUUCGAUUCCAAGCUCAUUACUACGGUGGAGCAUUUUCCCAAUCCGGCGUACAAUCUGUGGGAGCUGUUGAUGGGAGGACCGUCCGUAACGUAUCAUCGUAGCAGUAUACGCAUAUUCAUUACCGGCUUUGUACUGAACGCACUGAUCAUACGCACGAUGUACCAAUCGGCCAUGUUUCAGCGUCUGCAGGCAACUACCAGGUUGGGGACAAAGCUUAACACCUUCCAGGAGAUUAACGAUGCACACUUGUUCUAUUACAUGUACAUCACCACCUCGCUCUACUAUCAGGACAAUCCGUUAUUGCGUGGCAGAAUUCGUAUCUUACAGGACGAAAACCAGGAUUGGGAUGAAAUUAUGUAUGCCAUUUCGCAGCAUAAACUAAACGGUGUGUUUGCUAUUCCGCUCGAUAUCAUCGAAUAUUACGUGAAAAAUUACGGCCAGCGAGGAAUAGUUUACGUCGGCAAGCACACAGGAUUCAAUUACAAUUUGGGCAUUUACUAUCCCAAAACAUCCCCACUCACGGAACAGUUCAAUACAAUGAUUGGUAGGUAUCAGGCGGCUGGAUUGAUCCACAUCUGGAGGGAACGAUUCCGUGACACUCGCUACUGGAGUGGUGCAAAAAGCCAUCCGGAACCGAUCAGACUUCAGUGGGAACACGUAUCUGGUGCGUUCUACUUGUGGGCCUUCAUGCUUGGUUUAUCGGUGCUGACACUGUUUGGUGAGGCAAUCAUACAUCGGAAAGAAUGA